AUGAGGUGGAUACAAAAUCUGUGCUUAGAUUAUUUCCUAUUUUUGAACAUGCCUGUGAGUGAUCAAUAUUUAUGGUACGAAACAAACGAGAAUGGUGAGCAAGUUCUAUGCCAAUCUAUAAGAUCGGAAAAGAAAGCCUUUAUUCGUUUUGUGAACCGUACAUCAAGACCCGUGGACGUUUGGUGGCGUGACUAUAACGGGCUUAGAGUGCACUAUGUAACAAUGCAGCCUAAUUCUUACUACAACACAGAUACUUACAUCAGUCACCCGUGGGAGUUUACGGAUGGGCAUACCCAUGAGCGAUAUGUCAUCAACAACAAGGACAUAUUCCGAGCGCCAGAAAGCAUAGCUAACGUACCACAUAGAACAACUUGGUACAUCACUAUUGGGAUGCGUACUUUGGUAAAUACAGCUUUAUUAGCCAUUGCUUCAAAAUUGAAAAGUGUGCAACAUGUAGACGCUUUGGGGCUCCCAAAGAGUCUAGCAGAUGACCUGAAGAAACUCAUAAUUAUGGAGAGAGUCCCAAUACCGGUGCGUGCUAGUGCCAGACGCCACUGAUGUAUCAUUUAAAUUAAACAGAAAAACUAUAUAUUGUUAAUUCAAGUUACCUAUAAGUUUUGUAGGAUUUAAUCUGCCCUAAUAUGUGCUAAGAGAUUGUGAGAACUUAAACCGGUAAGAAUAGUGAAAGAACAGAUCAAAUUUGACCUAUCAGAUGGUAUUCUAUAACGCAUAGGUUCACAAUCUAACUGUUCAUGAAGAAUUGUGCCUUGUAACUUUUUAUUUUAUAGGUAUUGUAGGUAAUGGGUGCCCAAUAUUCUUGCAGUUGUGCAUUACAUAAUUUUCAUAUAACAAGAGGAUACGCAUGUAAGACAUUUGCCAUUGUAUGGACAUAUGAAUUUACAGAAUAUGCUGUAACUUAAACUUUUAUACAGAUUUAAUUUAGCCUCAAAUUAAUUUUAACAUAGUCUAAUCUCUAGAUCUAAUUUUUGUUUUUAAUUAUAUGGGAGCUUUGGGUUUUAUAGAUAACUAGCUGCGCUCCGGGGCUUUGCUUCCUUGGGAAUUUCAGGAUAAAAAGUACCGUACGUGUUCCAGGUUAUUUUGUACCCAAGCACCAAAUUUGAUGACAAUCGGUCCAGUAGAUAAUUUGUGAAGAGGUAACAAACAAACUUAUUUUCGUAUUUAUAACAUUAUAAUAUUAGUUUGGAUAUAAUUUCAAAAUAUUCCUAUCUGGACAUCACUUAAUCUUUCCAUAAUGAGCUAAAUUGUGAAAUAAUGGCAUUUUAAUUACUGUUACAUAACACUUAAAAAGCUUUAAUGGCCUUCAAUUAGUAGUAAUAUCUAAUUCAUGUCCAAACUGUGACACCAGGCUCGUCUUUGUACCUAAUGAAAUAUAAAAAAAAUAUUAUAUAAUGUGUUUGGCAAACACAUUUUUGUCAUGAAAAUGCAGUUUGGGUAGUGGCAGAAGUCAAUUCUGCAAUGGUCGGUCAUCGGAUGGGAGAAUAGAAAUCCAAAUGUUGCCUGUCUGCAAAGGGUUUUACCAUAUCCUACUGACGCUGAUAAUAUUAAUAAAUUACUUAAAACACGGUAUGUAGAAAAGUGACUAAUUGUAUGUUUAAAUGGAUACUGCUGUUAUUUAUAGUUGAUAGUAGGUUGUUUUGAUCCUCAAGAGGCUGUAAAAAUAAUUAAUUUGGUUUUAAAUAUGCACUAUUGUUUACAAUGUACUCAAUCAACACAGUGACCCUAAAAUUGACCUUAGCGUCAUGGAAAUAAACGCUGAAUUCCAAUGAAUGGAAGUAGUAUUAUCAAUAAUUUUUAUAUAUAUGGAGGUCCAGUGCGGAUAUGUGAUUACUAUCCCACUUUAUGACAAGUACAUAUACAAGCUGAUAUGAUUGUAUUUAUCAUCGCAUUUAUGUUACUGUUAAAUAAAACUGUAUGAAUGUAAUAAGUGAUUUUGAUGGUGCGCAGUAAGUAAUUGUUAAUGUACUGUAAUUUUGUCAAACUGAAUAGGUUAAACAUUGUAUAAAGAACUAAUAUAUACCUACAUAAUAGCUUUAGCUAAUUAAUCUUUUUCUGUUUGUGAUUCGUACAUUUUUUUUAUCAAAUAACUAAAUCUUUAAUUCACUCAAAUUGCGUACAUACCUAUAUUUAUUUAAUUUACCUAACGUUCUGUUUUUUUAUUAAUAAUUAUUAUAUUGCUCGCUAUAUAAUAAUUAUUCAUAAAAAACAAAUUGUAUAACCUACAUUCUUAAUAGUUAAAAAAAAAUAGGAUUGUGUAAUAUUUUUUUUUAUAUGAAUAUGUCUAAAUCAUAUUUUACCUUUUAUAUCAAUUUUUCUUUCAUAAUUAUCCUUUUUUUAACCUAUUCCGUCAACUGGUGGGCAAAGUUUAGGAUGGAAUAGGUAAAAACAAUAUGUACUUAUUCUUAUUUUGACGACCUCGGUGGCGCAGUGGUAAAGUUCUUGCCACUGAACCGAGAGGUCCCGGGUUCGAUCCCCGGUCGGGUCAUGAUGGAAAAUGAUCUUUUUCUGAUUGGCCCGGGUCUUGGAUGUUUAUUUCUAUAUGUAUCUAUUUAUAAAAUAUAGUAUCGUUGAGUUAGUAUCCCAUAACACAAGUCUCGAACUUACUUUGGGGCUAGCUCAAUCUGUGUGAUUUGUCCUAAUAUAUAUUUAUUUAUUUCACAUUAAAAAGAUUUUUUGGUAACAAAUAUGAUUAUGGUCUGAUGAUAAUUAAAACGACGUAAUAGUUCUGGGAUAAACGUAUAAUUUUAACAAUCAAAUAAAUACAAUUAAGUUUCUUUGUUACUGAAAUAAGGCCUUUUAAUUUUUAAGAGAAAAAUAUUGUCUACAAUAAUUUUUGUAUUUGUGCCAUGUUUAGAAUUAUUUUUCUAUUAUUUUUACAAUGGAAUAAAUCUAUAUAAUCCAA